AUGAGACACAAGCUGAUUGUGUCCAGGCUGGGCAACGAUUGGAAGGCGCGCCAGGCGCAGAUGAUCGCAUACGGCUCCCACCUUCGUCGUCAAUACGAAGACAGGGUUCAAUAUUGGGCCACACGAGCUCAAAGCCGGAUCCGUGCUCUGAGCGUGCGACAAUUGAGGACCAUCUGCAUCAUUGUCGACUCCAUCGAUCACUCGAAACUGCGCUGGCCUCGCAGCCUGGUGCUGCAGAGUAAGGACUUCGCUUCGUUCAACAGACCGCACCUCACGUGCACAGGUGUAAUAUGCCACGGAUACUCCGCUUUACUCUGUAUCAGUGAAGGGCACGUGAGCGCCGACAGCUCUCGCACAACGGAGAUCAUCAUGCACACCCUACAAAGACUGCAACGCGACAUGGUGGAUCUUCGGGCGUGCCAGCUGGUCAUCCAGUCCGACAAUUGCUCCAAGGAGGGUAAAAACAACACUCUCCUCCGAACAUUGUCGGGGUUAGUCUCCUCGCGCCGCUUGGGCAGGUGUGAACUUCGCUAUUUAGAAAGCGGCCACUCGCACGAGGACGUUGACGCGUGGUUUGGCUUGUUGGCAGGCUUCAUAGAGCAGCACCAGGAGGUUGAUUCUCCAGAAGCUUUCGUGGACCUUCUCAAUGCUUUCUUGCAUGCGCAGCCGCGCCCGCACGAGCAGGAUCGAGCGGUGGUGAAGUUAGACCAGGUCAGAAACUGGUCCUUCGGUCUGGAUGUGGCAUUGAAAAUGUAA